GAUUUAUUUUAUUGUUCAUUUUUUUGAAAAAAAAUGAAAAACAGUUGGAGAACAUUUUUGUCCGACGGCCAGGCUCUAUCAAUCAAUCAUUUUUGUUCGACAGCGUAACCUGUUCUGCAAAUUAUUACUUUGUUCGCCCUCCUGUGGCACUCCUAAAAUGGCGCAGAAAGAAAACAACAUGAGCUCUGCACUUGAAGGCCUCAGCAACCUUGUUCGUGCUUUGGAACAGCACAAAAAGAAGCCCGAGCAGAACAGCGAAUCAAACAAUGUUGAAGAAGCUGUACAUUUACUCUUCCGUCCAAAUAGACAAGAGAAAAAUGAACACGCAGAUCGGAACACUCUCAGCAGACGAUUACCAUCUUCCACCAAGAGACCUUUUACUAAUACCAAUAGUAAUACUUCUAAGCGAAGGAAAUCUGCAACAUUCAUGAAAGAUCUUGUGUUAAUUCCUUCACCAAAGAUUAAAGUUAUACCGAAAGGUGAAUUGAAGGAACAUUUACAAUCAUCAGGAUUUAUUGUUAAUGCCUUCGAAGUUUUACUUGAAGCUCAGGAGGAGGAAAUCAGAGAAACGAUUUUUGAAAAGUUCCAAGAUAAACUUCCAAGCAAGAAUCAAUUUUCAUUUAUGAAACCUGUACAUAAAAAAUUAAUGAAUCCUUCAGGCAUAAAUAACAUAAAUGGAAAAGUUUUAAAGCAUUUGUCUUCUCCUGGUAUAAACGGGUGCAUAUAUAUCAGGUCUUUAAUUGACAUAACUAAAAGUUAUUUUAGUGCAUUCAUCAAUUGCUAUGAAGAAGAAGAAAAGGUUAAAUCUGACAGUGACGAUGGAUUAUUAGAAACGCCAGCAUUUGGAUUAAUUAAAGAUGUAAAUAACUAUACUUCAACAGGCCAAAUUGAGUCAUCAUCUCAAAGUUCAUCAAAGGAUCUUGUGCUUGAACAAUCAGAAAAAAAACUUGGCUGCAGUACAGAAUUUGUGAUGAAGAAUUUGGUUGAUAUUCGUACAAUUCAUGCGGCAACAGGGAACAAACAAAAAAUUUCAAUCAACAGGUCAGAUACAUAUUUAAAAACCACUUUAAUUCAACAUAAACGUGGUCAAAUUGACAUAUCUUACUUCCCAGAAGUAACCUUCGAAAAUGGAGAAGAAGGCAUGGAUGCAGAUGGUCCAAAAAGGGAAUAUUUUUACAUAUUACUUGAUCGAUUGAUACGUGGAGAAGGAAUAUGUGUCAUCAUUCUACUUUACAUUUUUACUUUCUAGAAAAUUUUUCCAAUUUUUUAUAGGACUAUAAUUUGUAUUUUUAAUAUUGUUUGCAAGUUGAUGUAUUUCUUAUGGGUGUAAAAUUUGCAGCUUCUUUUUAUUUUAGCUAUCACAACAAAAGACCUAUUAGUAUUUCGUUGCUCUUCGCCAGUUCCUUUAGAAAAUGGCGUUACUCUAAAGUUCAACAGGAGAGGUAAACCAUUGCCUGAUGCAGAUACGUGUCUUUCGAUACUUUCGAUUCCAAUUUGUCAUGAUGCAUAUAACGAUUUCAAAAAGGCAAUUGAUGCUACCUUACGAUUACAAGGACAGGGUUUUGGACGUUUGUGAGUUUUUAAUAUAUAUAUACAUGGUUUUUUUUCUUUUUGCCGUCCUAAAACGUCCAAAGUUAUACAAACCUGGAAGUUUAAAAAGAUUAUUAUAUAAGAUUAUUAUAUAUUAUAUAAAAAGAUUGUUAUAUUAUAUGUUGACAUUAUUUUUUAUUUUGCAUUUCUGCAGUUUUUCUUUACUUUUCGUUAUAUAAAAAGGAGACUUA